UUUUUGUUUUCUUAUGGGGUUGACAAUUUUUCCCAUUAAACCAUCUUUAAUUUAUCUCUUCUUUUCAUCCCACCUAACUCUGUCAGAAAAAAAAAUGCAAUUCUCGAGAUUAUUGUGCCUGCAUUUUAAUGCCAAUAUUUAUAACUCUACUAUAUUCACAACUGUCCUCCACCGUUUUGAAGAAACCCUAAUUAAAAUUUGCCUUAAUAAAUAGACCUCUUUCUCUACCCUAAUUCCCUCACCUCAAACAUUCUAUCUUCACUGCGUGUCUGUGUGUGUGAGAGAGAGAGAGAGAGAGAGAGAGAGAGAGAGAGAUGGGAAAAUUGUACGUAAUUUUCUUGAUUGUACUUGCAGUAGGGCAUGGGUCAGCAAGAAACAUUCCAGAUGACCAAACAAACCCUAAUACUAAAGUUGACAAUAUUACCCCUGUUGAUAAAACGGAGAAUAUGGUCACAUCUGCAGACGGGCCGGCGGCUAGCGGCGUGGACGAUCAGAAAAACUUCAUCACCUACGGUGGAGUUGGUGGCUUUGCUGGCAUUGGGGGCUACGCCGGAGUGAUUCCGGUGCUUGGCGGCAUUGGCGGUGCAAGUGGGCUUGGAGGGCUAGGAGGCCUCGGCGGACUUGGCGGUUUAGGUGGUGGUGCCGGUGGACUUGGUGGCGGUGCCGGUGGUUUAGGUGGUGGGGCUGGUGGACUUGGUGGUUUGGGUGGUGGUGCUGGCGGACUUGGUGGCUUAGGUGGCGGUGCCGGUGGUGUUGGUGGUGUAGGUGGGGUCGGUGGUGUAGGUGGAGUUGGUGGUGGUGGUGGUGUUGGUGGCGGAGCCGGCGGAGCAUCGGGCGGUAUAAUACCCUAAAUUCGUGGAGUAUAAUUUCUUGGUGAGAUGCAUGGUGAUGUAUUAGGGUUUGAGUUUGUUUAAUUUUCUAGUGUUGGUAAUUAGGGUUUGUUUGAUUAUGCUUAUUGUAAUCUUGAUUUCGGUUUUUCGAAAUUCGGAAUUAAUAUUGUAGUAUGUGAUAAAACUAAUUUUAUGGUAAUGCGUUAUGCAUGCAUGCAUGUUGUUUAGUUCCAGUUUCUUCUAUUAAUAAAUCGUUACUAAUUAGUACAUGAA